UUUCCACUGACGAGGAGGGCGGAGCACGGGCGGGACCGGACCGUCAGUCUCCCGCUGUCGCCGCCGCUGCCGGACGUGGGACUAGGGUGGCCGCACGAACGGCUGAGCGCAGUAGCCGGGCGGGGGGAGUGCCGAGCCAGAACGCGGGUCAGACGGGUCGUGGAGCCCCCGGAGCACAGGCUGUCUGUCCCGGCUCUCAGGACCUGAUCCCGCCAUGACUGGGCCACUGAAGAGGAAAUUUGACCAGCUGGAGGAGGACUCUUCUUCUUUCUCCUCCUCUAACUCCUCUGGCUGCCUCUCUCGUUCCUCCUGCUCUUCGAGCUCUUCCAUCUCCCCUGCCUGGGACUCUGACGAAGGCAGCCCUUGGAGUCAGACGCCCCUGCCUGACCAGAACUUCUGUGGCCCCCAAAGUUUCACCCCACUGCCCAUCCUGAAGCAGGCUCCUCGGGAGCACUCACGCCGCGUAGUCUUCGAUGGCAUCACCGUCUUCUACUUCCCGAGGUGUCAGGGCUUCACCAGCGUGCCCAGCCGUGGCGGCUGUACUCUGGGCAUGGCCCCUCGCCACAGUGCCUGCCGCCGCUUCUCCUUGGCCGAGUUUACCCAGGAGCAAGCCCGGGUGCGGCAAGAGAAGCUCCGCCAGCUCUUGAAGGAGGAGAAGCUGGAAACCCUGCACAGGAAGCCUUCUGCAGCUGGGCUACUUGAGGCAGAGGGUGGCCACCCUCUCACAGUGGAUGCCAUCGAUGAUGCUUUGGUGGAGGAGGACUUGGCAGUAGCUGUGGCAAGUGGCAGGCUGGAGGAAGUGAACUCCCUACAGCCCUACCCAGCUCGGCAACGGCGGGCUCUGCUUCGGGCUUCGGGUGUGCGAAGGCUCGACCGUGAGGAGAAGCGGGAGCUGCAGGCACUGCGGCAGUCCCGGGAGGACUGUGGUUGUCACUGCGACAGGGUCUGUGACCCUGAGACCUGCAGCUGCAGCCUGGCAGGCAUCAAGUGCCAGAUGGACCACACUGCCUUCCCUUGUGGCUGCUGCAAGGAGGGUUGUGAGAACCCCCAGGGCCGUGUGGAAUUUAAUCAGGCACGCGUGCAGACCCAUUUCAUCCACACACUCACCCGCCUCCAGCUGGAACAGGGUUCGGAGAGCCUCGGGGAGCUGGAGGCCCCUGCCCAGGGUAGCCCCCCCAGCCCUGGCGAGCCCGCCCUGGUCUCCACUCUCCCGCUGGGUAAGCCUCCUGUGAGCAGCGAGCUGGGAGACAACAGCUGCAGCAGCGACAUGACCGAUUCUUCCACUGCAUCUUCAUUGUCGGGCCCCAGUGAGGCCCCAGACCAUCCUGUUCACUCAGGCCUGCCUGGCCCUGGCUUCCAACCUGGCGUGGAUGAUGACAACCUGGCACGGAUCCUGAGUUUCAGUGACGCUGACUUCGGCAGGGAGGAGGACGAGGAUGAAGGGGGUGUUGGGAGCCUGGACAACCUCAGCUGCUUCCACCCAGCUGACAUCUUUGGUACUGGAGACCCUGUUGGGCUGGCCAGCUGGACCCAUAACUACUCUGGCUCUAACCUCAUGUCUGGCAUCCUGGAUGAAAAUGCCAACCUUGAUGCCAGCUGCUUCCUAAAUGGUGGCCUUGAAGGGUUUAGAGAAAGCAGCCUCCCUGACACCUCAGUGCCACCCACCGUGGAUGCUGGCCAGAGCAGCUCCGUGGACCUCAGCUUGUCUUCCUGUGACUCCUUCGAGCUGCUCCAGGCUUUGCCGGAUUAUAGUCUGGGUCCUCACUACACUUCCCAGAAAGUGUCUGGCAGCCUGGACAGCAUCGAGGCCCCACACUGCCCCAUGCCUGGCCUAUCUCCACCUGCAGAUGCCAGCACGUGCUUCCUGGAGUCCCUCAUGGGCUUGCCUGAGCCAGCCCCUGAGGUCCUGGCUCCCUUUAUGGACAGCCAGUUCGAUGACGCUGCCCCAGCAUCUCUGGAGCCUGUGCUGGUGUGAGGACUAGGGUGCCUUUUCCCUGCCCCAGGAGCCCCAGUGCUGCUUUUGUGUGAUUUUGGGGCUCUCUAAGGUCUAUAGGUAACAGUCUCCCAUUGGCUGGCCCAGCCGCAGGCGCUCCUGGUUUCCUGCAACACUGAAUUUAUUUAUUUAUUUUUAUUGACUCUUCUGUGCUGAAGAGGGUGGGGAGGGUGUUUCACCACUCAGCCACCUGGCCCUCCCGUGCCAGGAAAGAAGGCAUGGCUCCUGCUGGAGCUUUGCAGACCCCUUUUGGGGGGGGUCUAUGGUGUUCCUAGCCCAAAGACGGCGAGACAGGGCUAAAGUCAGCCACCGAUGGCAUCUUGUUUUGCCUUGAGCCCCAGACCCAUGGGUGGCUGAGCCUCUGGACUGUGAAGACUGUAAUUUAUUUUCAUAAUUUAUUUGGAGGCUGAGGUGGCUUUGGCUUCACUUCUCUGUCUGGUAGGCAGUACUGGGGGUGAGGUCCCUUUUGCACCCUGCACCCUGCCCUGCUCUGCCUGGGCCUUGAUGUAGACCAGGGGUGGACUUGAGUCCUGUGGUCUCCUCUGUCAGCUGCCUGGCUCCUGGAUGGCUGUGCAGGCGGGGCUGGGCUGACCAGCUGUGACCAAAAUCUCCUCUACCCUAUUUGGCCCCUCUGCUUCCUGCUCUCUGGUCCAUGUCCCCUCUCCAAAGUCCACAGCCUUUAUUCCCAGCCCAGGAUGUAGGAGGUGGAAGCCAGGGACCCCAAGAGAGUAGGGGGUUUGCCUCAGAGCUGAAGCAUGCUCUGGACUACCGUCUCAGGCUUUCUAGGUGCCACAGGCCAGUUGGUGAGGGUUGCUCUUUAUGGCUUUCAUGCCCUUUGUUUGCUGAUACUGAAUUUUACAUCAAUUUUUAUAUUGUCCCUAAGUGUCAGAACUAUAAUUUAUUCAUUUCUGUGUGUCUGUGCCAAGAAACCCAGGCUCUGGGCCUGUCCCCUUGCCCAGGAGGCCUUGCCAGCCUGUGUGUUUGUGGGAACACAUUGUACCUGACCUGACAGGUACCAAUAAAGAGGCUCUAUUUUUAA